AUGCGCCCUGCUGCCGCGGAUUUAGUGCGGGAACGCCCCCGCAAAACCACCUCACCCAACAUAACACAAACUACACCAUCCAGCGAACUUAGCAGCGCAGCUCCCACGGCAUUCUUCCUUGCUCGAGGAGAUGACAUGGAUGGGUCUGAGUCCAGUGCUCCAGGAACCCCAAAUGACAGUACUUAUGGAGUACAGAGCUUAGCAGACACGAUUGAUGAUGGGAUCAGCGGGCCGUUGCCUCCCUUCCACGAUGUACACGCGACUACGGGGACUGAUAUUGAUACCUCAUUAUUAUCAGCCACCACGAGAGAUACUGCACAAAACUUACACGGGGAGAAGGCUGAAGACUCCAUAAAGUAUCCUUUGUCCGAUAUUGGUAUUCCGCUGUCUGGAGCCCCUUCUUUUAUCGGCUCGCCGGGUGAACCAGUGUCUUUACCGAGUAGCCCGAAGUCCACUUCGACACGGUCAUUUAGGCAUGUUGAUGAUAUGUCUGCUGUGGAUGAAAUUAGCUAUCAAAAUGGGGGUGAGAUAGAAGACAGUCUAGUCGAGUCCUCUGAAUUACCGGACAGCUCUUCGCAGUUGGUGAUGCCCAGCAUCAAAAUGCCAAGUCGACGCCCUUUUACAGAAAGGGGGAAGGCUAUGGGAAGACUGAAGUUCCUCCUUGCGGGGGCACCAGUACUGUGCCUUAACACCAACCAAAUCACGAUAGGUUGCGGAAAGACUUCAUUACUCAAAUCCAUUGCCCAAGUGUUCGAAGAUAUUGUGCAUAUAGACCCAUUACCACAUUCACCUUCUGCCAUGGUGAAAUCUCGAAGAAAAACAUCAGGCAAGCCUCGACGUACUAGAGAAUGUGAGCCAAUCUCCGAAAUAUAUGCUAGUACAAAGCCAUACCCGUCUUGGUGGUCGGAUAUGGAUGAUUCGCGCGUGCUCAGGCGAAGAAAGAGCACGGGAGAUGUUAUUUUGGAAAGGAAUCUAUGCUUCGUCGACACCUUUGCAGGUUCAAAAAGUGCCGAUCAACAGACCGAAGUCAUAGUUCAAUAUAUGAACAAGCAAUUCGCACGGGCAAUGUCUGCUGUGCGGUCAGUAACUGCAGAUUUCCAGGGACUACUUAGCGGAAAUGGAGGACCGCAGCGAGGAGCUAACCCGGACAUAGAAACUAUGACUGCCGAUAUCCGCAGCAUUCAAAAGCUGUCCAACUUUUCGACAGUCGUUCCAUUAAUCGCCAAAUCUGACAAUCUUACCUCUGAUGAAAUCCAAACAAUAAAGAGAUCCUUCGCAGAGCGAGUGCGUGACGCGGACCUCAAACUAUCUUGCUUUGGUCCGUUUGGUGAAGCUUUGAUUAAUACUAACGUGUCAAGCCCGAGCAUUCCUUUUGAGGUUUCUUCUGCAAAUACUAAUGACGAUGAAACUAUGGAUGCAAGCAUCCUCAUGAGUCCCGAAUAUGUACAGCCACUGGCAUCUUCAGACCUACGAUUCGUUUUGGAGAAACUCUUCGACAGAGAUAAUAUUAGCUGGUUCCGGUACUCUGCGGCUAAGAAGCUGACAGAAGCCCAGCGGCUUCGGACCCGUACACCCUCAAGCUUUCUACCCAGGCCAUCGAACGGUGUUUCUUCCCUCGCUGACUCGCACCUCACGCCUUCCUUACCGUCUACGCCUGCAUUAGUAUCAGCAUCCGCAUCACACGUACUUGCCCCACGUGGUGAUAUGGUAGGGUUGUCUGAAUAUACGCUUGCACGGGUGUCGGAACACGCCAGACGUGAAGAACAGUUUGCUCAGAUGCGACUUGCAAAAUGGGCUUCUGACCUCCAACAAAGCUUGCAAAACGAAAGAUACCGCUAUGAACAGCUAGGGCGGGAUGAAAGAGCCGUAUGGCUGACAGAGAAACUUGGAGAGUGUGUGAUUGACGGAACCUUGGUGCCUUUAUCUCAGACACCAGGCUUCCCUGGUUUUGAGAACAACAAGGAUAGACCUGGAGAUAAAAGGAAUCUUUGUGUGCGGACGCAGGACGGCCGACGGUUUGAGUAUCGAGUUGCCGCCGGGAAGGUGAACGCGGCCGACCCUCUGGGGAUACUAAAACUUGGAGAUGAUAUCUCACGACGAGGAUGGGUGCUGGUUCAAGUGCUGGGUGGUGUUGGCAUUGUUGGCGGGCUGGCGUUAUGGAUGGCGCAAACUUGGGGGCCUUCCGGCCUGAGUUACUAUUCUGUGGGCUGGUUCGGCGGGCAUAACUAG